AUGGCGUCCACUCGAUCGAAAGUUGGUCACGGUUUGGCCAAGGUACUCGGCAUCAAGCUCGACUAUCGCACUGAUACCGUUACUCGCGGCGAGUCAACGUAUUCAGUCAACACCGCCGAUUCCUACGUCGAGGAGGAGCCUAGGAGUAUCGACUGGGUCAAAGAUCUCAUCCCUACCCGACAACAAUGGUUUACAUACGUGCGCAGUCUCUUCCCGUUUACCCAUUGGAUUAUGCGAUACAACACUCAGUGGUUGAUCGGAGAUCUGGUCGCCGGUAUUACUGUCGGUGCCGUGGUGGUUCCUCAGAGCAUGGCCUACGCCAAACUGGCUGAGCUCCCUCCCGAGUAUGGACUCUACUCCUCCUUCAUGGGAGUACUCAUCUACUGGUUCUUCGCUACCUCGAAAGAUAUCACGAUCGGUCCCGUCGCCGUCAUGUCCACCAUCGUCGGCAAUGUCGUCAAUAAGGUCCAGGAAGAGCAUCCAGAGGUGCCCGGCCACGUCAUUGCGUCGGCUUUGGCUGUCAUUGCCGGAGCCAUCAUCUGUUUCAUCGGACUCAUCAGGUGCGGCUGGAUCGUCAACUUCAUCCCUCUGACCGCCAUCUCUGCCUUCAUUACGGGCUCCGCCAUCAACAUCGCGGUCGGUCAGGUACCUACUUUGAUGGGCAUCAAGGUCAAAGGUUUCAACACUCGCGAUUCAACCUAUCUAGUGGUCAUCAACACCUUGAGAUAUCUUGGCCACACCAAACUUGACGCCGCGAUCGGUCUGACCGCGCUGUUCAUGCUGUAUUUGAUUCGAUUCACACUGAACCAGUGUGCAAAGAAGAUGCCUCAUCGCGCCAAGUUGUUCUUCUUCCUCAGCACUCUCCGGACGGCGUUCGUGCUUUGCCUGUACAUUCUGAUCGCCUGGCUGGUCAACCGACAUCACCGCGACAAGCCCAAGUUCCAACUUUUAUUACACGUCCCUCGUGGCUUCAAACACGCCGCCGUGCCGACCAUCAACACCGACAUCAUCAGCUACUUUGCCAGCGAACUGCCUGCAUCUGUCAUUGUCCUGCUUAUCGAGCAUAUUGCGAUUUCUAAGUCCUUUGGCCGGAUCAACAACUAUACCAUCAAUCCUUCACAGGAACUUGUCGCCAUCGGAGUCACGAAUUUGCUUGGACCCUUCCUGGGAGCUUAUCCUGCAACUGGUUCUUUCUCGAGGACGGCGAUCAAGUCCAAGGCUGGUGUCCGAACGCCCUUUGCCGGUGUCAUCACCGCGAUCGUGGUGCUGCUCGCUCUCUACGCCCUCCCUGCCAUGUUCUUCUAUAUCCCGAACGCCGCACUGGCCGCUGUCAUCAUCCAUGCAGUCCUCGAUUUGCCCACGCCUCCCAAUGUCCUCUACCAGUUCUGGCGUGUGUCCCCGCUAGAAGUCAUCAUCUUCUUGCUCGGCGUGUUCAUCACCAUUUUCUCCUCUAUCGAAAACGGCAUCUACACUACGAUCAGCGUCAGCGCCGCUGUUCUCCUCUACCGCGUGGUGAAGGCACAUGGUCAUUUUGUUGGAAAGGUCAAGAUCCACUCCGUCAUUGGCGACCACCUGAUCGAGGACAAGUUCCACGACCAGCCGAAACACAGUGACGCGGCCGAGCGAAACAUCUUCCUUCCCUUGGACCACAACGAUGGCUCCAAUCCAUCUAUUCACGUGGAAUCUCCUUAUCCAGGCAUCUUCAUCUACCGAUUCAGUGAGGGCUUCAACUAUCCCAACGCAAGCCAUUACACGGACUAUCUUGUCGAAUAUAUUUUCGAGCAUACAAGACGGACCAACCCUGACUCGUGGCCACGGCCCGGUGACCGCCCCUGGAACAACCCGGGCCCCCGACGAGGCAAGACCGAAGCAGAUCGUUCGCACUUGCCGACUCUCAAAGCCGUGAUAUUGGACUUCCAGGCGGUCAACAACGUCGACGUGACCAGCGUGCAGGACCUGAUUGACAUCCGCAACCAAUUGGAUCGCUACGCAAGCCCCGAACCCGUCCAGUGGCACCUCGCCAACAUCAACAACCGAUGGACCAAGCGCGCCCUUGCCUCCGCUGGAUUUGGCUUCCCCACGGUACCGCAAGAAGAAAUCCACCGGUGGAAGCCCAUCUUCAGCGUCGCCGAAAUCGGCGGCUCCGAAUCCGCCGCUGAAGCGGCCGAGGCCGAACAGAACCGCCGUCUCUCCCGCCAUGGCCGUGACGAAGAACACGGCCGCUCACGAAGCAGAUCCAAGGCUGAAGACAUCACCCAGGACUCGCACUCGUCGACUUCCAGCCACGACAAUGACCUGGCCAAAGAGAUCACACAUAGUAAAGCUUACGCUAGGGCGUCGGUGAAGAAGGUCGCCGUCGUGCACGGCUUGAACAGGCCAUUCUUCCACCUCGACUUGACCAGCGCGCUGCAAAGCGCCAUUGCGAACGUGGAGCACCAGGAGAAGCUGCGGCGCGUCGAGGCCGGCCAGACAGAGGAGAUUAACGACAAACUAUGA